AUAACAUAACAUAACUACACCAGACAUAAUGAAGUUAUCCCAAUUUCAUUUGCUCUUGCUCCCAACAACCAUCGCCAACAUUACUCAGCUCAAAGGAUAAACAUAAUGACAGAGGAGAUCAAGGCGACGACCAACGACUACAGAGAACAGCUCUACGCCUCAACCACCACCCCCUACCCUUCGUUGCUGUUCAGUGGGAUGUUGUUUGCUACCCCAUUGAUCACUUCGCAGCCUGAAGCUGUCACAAGAAUGAACGCCGAUGUCAACCGAGGCGUACUGUUUAAGACUGCAAAGAGACUACGUGUGGGUCCAACCACCGUGAGCUCUGUGCUGUUUGGAAGUGCUAUGGCCCUCGGUAGUUGGAUUAUGUUUGAAGGUGAUGUUGAGAGUGGCUCUGGCUUCAUCACGGCAUGGAGCUCUCUCUACCUCAUAGUCAACGGUAGACAGAUGUUCAAUGGACUCAGAUACGCAAGAGUUUGGCCAGUCGUGCUGAGUAGUGUUGCUCUGGGAGAGGCCGUGCUCCACGGUAAGAGGUUCUUCUACGGUGUUGGCCAGUGAAGAUGGUUCUCCCUACUUUAUAUGUAUCAAUGUGUGUUUAAUAUGUCUAACCGUACAUCACCAGUGUAGUGGCAGCCAUCCCUUUCUCGAUGCAA